AUAAAUGAUCCUGGAGCACUACCGAUAAGCAAUGAUACACAAGAACCGCCUCCCGGAACAAUGUUCGCGGGCGAACAAUCAAUGGUGGUUUUAUCUUACAAUGGAACUGCAACACCUGUACAGGGGCUCACGCUAGAGGAAGUGAAGGUCCACGAAUGCACAUUUGUGCCCUAUAUCAAUCGGACAAGCCUGGUAUUUCUUGAAAGAGAUGGAAAGCGUGAAGCCGUAGAAACUACACCAAUCGAGAUGGACUAUGCAUUAUUAUCUGAUGAAGCCCAUUGGAGCGACGACAGUAGCAUAACCGAACAAGAUCGUCUCAUGUUGAAUGCUUACGCCCUGCAAGUCGCUGAACUGAGAGCUAUAAUCGAUCAAGACCAAGACGAAUUUAACGACCAUGUCAGCAGCGAAUGGUACUUUGUAAACAGUGAUAUAAACACCAUUGAGAAUUUCCUCAAACAUCUUGCUUCCAGAAUGGACUUGAUAAUCGUAUUUGGUCGACCAGAGCGUCUCGGUACUGUGGGUGGCGAGGCAUGCUACAAUCUACCGACUCAAUACCACGUCGAUCCAGCGGCGUACUAUACUUUAUCGCUCUCUUUACUAGUCCCCAUGGUUUGGUGGGUUUCGGUGUGGAUCUUUGCGCUGCGUCGUACGGGUGGCGUGUCGCGUGGUAAUUCACAAGUGUUGCUUUUGGUGGCCGGGUUUACUGCUGCUUUACGACGCCGCUUUAAAGGCAUGUCCCACGCCAGUGCAAGUGCUAUUUUCGAGCGAGCGAAACAGACGGAUGUCAAGUUUGGUGAAUUGACCUACUCGUCCUCCUCAACAGAUCUUCAUCGCCACCAGCAAAGUACAAGACGUGGUCACAUUACGUUUGGUACGCCGGAUCAAAUAUCCCCACUCUUUCAACGAAAUAUCCCAGCGACAGAAGCAACAACCGCUUAAAACAAGUGGAUUCAAACUAUGUUGUUCAAAAGCAAACAUUACAGUAGCUACAAUAUCAAUCGUUCAUUUUUUAUUUGGACAUAGCAUAUGCAUAUUUCAAUACAUACAUACAAAAG